AUGUGCGUUUGUCACGUUUUCCACCAGAGCUAUGGCACAGAAUGCUAUCAAAGCCAUGCAUCAGUCUCAAACCAUGGAGGGCUGCUCGUCCCCAAUCGUGGUGAAGUUCGCCGACACCCAGAAGGACAAGGAGCAGAGGCGCCUGCAGCAGCAGCUGGCCCAGCAGAUGCAGCAGCUCAACAGCGCCACCACCUGGGGCAGCCUGACGGGCCUGGGCGGCCUGACACCGCAGUACCUGGCCUUGCUCCAGCAGGCGACCUCGUCCAGUAACCUUGGCGCCUUCAGUGGGAUCCAGCAGAUGGCAGGUAUGAGCGCGCUCCAGCUGCAGAACCUGGCCGCGCUGGCGGCGGCGGCGGCGGCGGCUGCCCAAAGCUCAGCCACCCCGUCCGGCGUUAACCCCCUCUCCUCCAGCGUGGCGUCCCUGGGGGCGCUGGGCAGCCCAGCGAACGUCUCCGCAGUCCACUGGGGAUCACGUCUUAGUCCCCGGAAGGCCAAUCUAUUAACAGUAGCGGGGACAACGUCUGGAUCCAACGUCGGGGCCAUGAGCUCCCUGACCUCGCUGGGGACCCUACAGGGCUUGGCUGGAGCCACGGUGGGCCUGAACAACAUUAAUGCACUAGCAGGUAGCGUCAAUAUUACUCAAAUGCUCUCAGGUAUGGCGGCCCUCAACGGCGGCCUGGGCGGAGGCGGGCUCAGCAACGGCACGGCGGGCACCAUGGACGCGCUGACGCAGGCCUACUCAGGGAUCCAGCAGUACGCCGCCGCCGCCCUGCCCACCCUCUACAGCCAGUCCCUGCUCCAGCAGCAAGGGGCCGCCGGCAGCCAGAAAGAGGGUCCCGAAGGGGCCAACCUGUUCAUCUACCACCUCCCCCAGGAGUUUGGUGACCAGGACAUCCUGCAGAUGUUCAUGCCUUUCGGGAACGUGGUUUCGGCCAAAGUCUUCAUCGACAAACAGACCAACCUGAGCAAGUGCUUCGGCUUCGUCAGCUACGACAAUCCCGUGUCGGCGCAGGCCGCCAUCCAGGCCAUGAACGGCUUCCAGAUCGGCAUGAAGCGGCUGAAGGUGCAGCUGAAGCGCUCCAAGAACGACAGCAAGCCCUACUGAUCCCUCCCCCGGUCCCCCCCCGCCUCCCCCCUGUUAGCACUGCUAGGAACCCAUCUCCAUGCCUGUUAGCUCAUCGUUUGCCUAGCAUGUCUCCGUGGCGCCAAAAACAAACAAAACACAACACAAAACCACUCAAAAAACAAAACAAAAAAACAAAAAAGAAAAUUGUUCAUCGUCGUCCCCCCGUAAUUGUUUUGUUUUUUUUCAACUGUCUUUUUGUUUCUCUUGUUUUUUUACUGAGCUCACCAGAUCAUAUCCUGGUCGCCGCCUACCGACCAUCUUGAACUUUGAACUGUAAGGUUGACCUUGUAGAUGUCUGUUUGAGUUCUUUUUUCUUUGCAUGUUACCUCAUUUUGGAUGUAUUUCCUGGGAGGGCUUGGUGGGGGGGGCGGGGCUUUUGUGGGAUAGUAGGAUUCACGUGAGAGGUUAGGAUAGGUCAGACGGGGUCGGGAUGGAAACAUGCAUCAAUGUGAAGGGAGGAGGAGAAGAAAAAAAAACAAGUUAAAGCUGCAUUCAUACGAGAAAAAAAAGACUGAGAAUUUUUUACGGACACAAACAACAAAAAUGUAGUUUUGAAGUUAGUACAAAAAAAACAUACGGUAAAAUAUUUUCAUUCAGUUUCAUACCGAUCCAUUUGUUUUUUUCUUCUCUUGCUUUUCUUUGAGUUCAUUUUUUUUCUGCUCUUUUUUUGCGUUUCUUCUUUAUUUAAAGUAAACUUGAAAGUUUGGUAGAGGGACUGGCGAGUGGUCUUGCUUCUGUCACCACUAUAGCGACCUGAGGUCAGAAGCAGCCUGCCGCCAGUUUCUAUAUGGUUAAAAAAUAAGACUACUUCCAAACAGUUUUGAAUUAAAAAAUGAGACUGUCUGAUCAAUAUUUAGGACUCUAUCUCUCAGAGCACUCUCCUAAUGGUUUUUACAUUUUUCAGGCAGUGUAAAGUUUUUUGAUAAGGCCAUUUGAAGUGGCUCGGUUUCUCAUUCAAAGUCUAUAUAUAAAAAAACACUUUUUUCUAGAGUAGUUUAAAGGUAACAAAAAAAAGAAAAAAAAGACAUUCGCCCUGUUUCGGGGGACGGGGGAGGGAGGGGAGAGAUGCUACCUACUUGUGUCGCCUUUUCUGACCUAACUCACAGAUAGACAAUCCGUGGUUUAAAUGCACAUGACGAAAUGACCUAUAUUUUCUACUGUGUAAAUGUAUAGAGAACAAAAAAAAUGAAUCUUAGAUACCUGUAUAACCCAUGUUAACGUCGGUGCUCCUCGUAAGUCAAUUUAGUUGUCGUUUCAUCACCAAGUCUAACAGUCUUAAAUGUCUCCUGUUUUUAAAGACUACAAAAAAAAACAAUUUACUUGAACAAUAGACAAAGCCUUCAUAUUACUAGAAUUGUUCCUUAUUUUACGUUUUCUCUUGUUUUGUUUUUAAAGGAGUCCCUAUUUGCUAAAAUUCUUGUUGGUUAAUUAGCUAUAUAAAAUUCCUAAAAAUAUAUAUAAAUAUAAAUAUAUCUAUAUAUAUAUCUAUAUAUGAUAUGUCAGCUUGUGAAGCAUCAAUGUCAUUAUUUUAUUUCUCCCGUGAGAAAAACAAAUAUUUAGAUGUGUUUUGUUGUUCAGCAAAAUGUCUUAUAAAGAGAAAAAAAAAAAACAGAUCAGUGGAACUUAGUGCCAAAUUCUGAAGGUACUUCCUGCCUAGCGCGUCAGUGUAUUUCUUGUGAAAUUAUUUGAUAACAUGGGUAUUUUAUUAAGUGUUUUGUAUGAAUCACUCAUAUUUAAAAUAUAGAUUUAAAAAGAAGAGUUUGUUAAAUUGCUAUUCUGUGGUCUUGUUGCCUGAAAAUGUCACGUUUGCUUUUUUUCCUCUUUGUAAAGUUGUACAAAUGUGCCCAUGUGUCAUAUAUAAAUAUAUAUACAUAUAUAAACGCACACGGCCAACACCAACACACAAACACACUCUCGUGCAAACCUCACAGUUUACUUUGUUGAUGUGCUUGAGGGCCCCUGAGUGUGAAAGUCUCGUCAGUUAUCGUUCCUCAUCGGGAUUGCGUACGUGCACAAACUCACACACGACCAAAAACUGCACACGAAUACACAAAUAUUUUCAGUUUAUUUUUUUUGAUAACUCUUCAAAGCCUUACCAUGAGUCUUGGCAGUCUUUGUCUUUCUCUCACUCUCGCUCUUUCUCUCCCUUUCUCUCUCCCAGCAAUCUGCUCACUCUGUUUCACUCCUCUAUCACGCUCACUCGUUUGCACACGCGCGCGGAUUGGGAAGCAGAUUUAGAUUCUCUCUAAAACACACACGCGUCAGAGGACCACCGCGAGUCACACACAAAGCCUUAUUUUAGGACAGGCCCUCCCCCUUUGUCCGAGUUUUUGUUCGUUUUCGGAAACACUCCAACGGUAGUCGUCACGGUAUGCCUCGCUAGGUUUUUUUUCGACAUCCUCGAAUGAGUCAGCCUGAAAUAUGUGUGUUCGCUUUAAUGAUGUAAGCACAGGGUAAGACGUUUGCAUUGCUGGAAACAACCAGUAAACAAGCCUCAGUCUAAAACAACUAAAGCACACCGCCUUGAUGGAGAGAGGGGCAUUUUGUAGGCUCCAAUGUCUUUACUUUUUAUUUAGUCGACUGCUUUAGCUGCGUUUCUUCCCACCCCCCCCUCCCCAACCACUUUGUCAUAUAUACAGUAUAUAUAUAUAUAUAUAUAUAUAUAUAUGGUGACUCUUGAAAUUAGUUUUUAACUGUAACACUUCCUCUACUCGAAUGCAGUGGUGCCGUGGGCCAAACCCAGUUGAACGAUGCCCAAACGUGAUGUUUUUAGUGUGUGACAGUUUACACGACACAGUAUUGUCUAGUCCAACUGCCCCCCCACCCACCUGUCCUUCCACCACCACAGUUCCCCUCCCUGAAAGCCUAGUUUACGAUCUGCAAAAAAACACAGUAAAACAUGAAGGCAGCACUAUUUUCUAUAGAACCUCACCACCCGCCUUAACCAGGGAUCUUCGUAACAGUAUUGAAAGAUGUUGUGUGUGGUGUCUGCCCAUGUCUCGUUGCUUUAUAUGCUGUUAUUAAGUGUCCAUACGCCAUUUUGUCCCCACCUGCUAGAAGAAAACAAUAGGCGGCACUUUCCUCAUAGUCAUUAACGGGGAGGAACAAGGAAAAAAAAAUUAAAAGCAGCUUAGAGAGGGCUUGUGUUAUUUAUUUAUUUCUGUUGCUUCGGUUAUUAGAGAUGGUAGAGACGGGACUGUGUGGAGAGACAUAUUAUUGGAAUAGCAACAGGGGAAAUCAAAACCUCUAUUGGUUGGAGAGAAGGGGUCAAGUCUCCAACCUCCAAAAAAAACUGCAUCGGGCGAGGCCAGGAACGAACACAGCCCAGCCUUCAUUACCCACGGUCCAAAGCCAAAAAACAAACAAAUAAACAAACAGCAGGAGAGGUUUUCUAAAUUGCAUCUGAAAGCGAGAGCAGUGCCACGAACAUAGCCAUAUCUACCUUAAAUGAAAGCCAGCCAGGCUUUCCCCUGAUCAAUUAGUAUUAAUAGACCAAUAACUUGUCUGAGAUGGUUUAAAAUGACGUCCCACAAUGCACUGGAAUCCGUCGCAGUGUUAAAACCCCCUCAGAUUGGCCCAGUCAGGGAUUCUUCGGGCGGUGAGAUAUACGAUUGCACUUGAACGGACCACUUACACGCCCCUCACCCGAUCCGACUCACCUCAACCACAUCCCAAUCGUUUAUCUCCUUGUUUUGUUUCUAUCGCACAAUCGUCAAAGCAACAGAGACAGGGUCAAUGCUGUUGACAGCAUUUCUUGAAGAGUAAAAUCGACUCACAACGCAGAACAAGUGACUCGGUAAACGCACGCGCGCGCACGCACGUACACACACAGUCGCACGCGUCUGUUUGCGUCCUUUCUCUUCGUUUUCUUUUUGACGCCACUUGUCACUGUACUCGAUUUGCUGUAAUUUGCCAAAUCUCAGCACUGCACACCGCCAGACGUUCGCGACACGGUGCUGUUUAGUCUGAAGCACCUGUCGUGUUUUACUUUAUUUAUUUUCCCGUGUUGGAGGGAGGGGGGGGGGGGGGGGGGGGGGCGGGGGGUUCUGAUGUCUUAAGCACAAUUGUGUCCAUUGCAGGAAUCGCUGUCGAGUGUUUCACACUUCAGGGGCCGUCAUCGCCGAUGCUUGUUGUAAUCUUUCUAUCGUGUCACGUUUUAACUUCUCCGUUCUGCUAUUUUUCUUUUUCAAUUAGCCUAUCUUAAGUGCUAUUUAUCAAACAAUGGAAAAAUUGAAAGGAAAAAAAAAGAAACUAAAAAAAUGUGUUGUUACUUUGCAUUAUGGCUUACGUCAAGGAUUUCCGGAGGAAAAAAAAAUGUCUGUGCGUUCUUAUCUCUUUCUGUGCCGUAAAAGAGCUUGUCAUCUGUGGAAUUAAUGGAUUAUUUCUUUGUCGUUGUUUCAUUUUUGAUUCUAAAAAGGAUUUCGGUAGUUAAAAAGUGUUGUCUUGAGAGAAGCCAAAGUCAAUGCAUUUCAGUGGAUCCUGUAAGCGUGAUGUAUGUUUGUUUGACAACACUUCUGGAAUCUGUCAUUGGAUGGGAUUUAAAAAGAAAUAGUACAAAACAUUGCAGGCUUUCCUAUUUCUACAACUGAUUGUACUUAUGCAUUUUGUACCAGUGGAACUUUUUAUACUGGAGAUUAAAGGAUGCAACAUAAAAAAAAUCUUAGAAAAAAAAGCUGUGUGGUAGCCUGGUGAUAUGGCCUGAAUCCUGACUGGACCCCCGAGUUUGAUUUCCUGGCUGGCAUCGAGAACGUUGGCUUUUGAUAUAUACAAGAUUUUCUAGAAAAUCUUUGGCUUUAUUUCAUUAACUUUCCUUUCCUGUCACCUGAGUGUUGUUUUUUUGUUUCUAUCUCCCUCCGCCUAUUUUUGGUUUAGUCUCCUCGACUCUCCCCACAAAUAGAGAGAGUAGGCGAGUAGUUUGGGUCCUAUUUCUUUGUUGGAGAAGAGUUUAUAAAUAGUUCUAGCAAGUUUGUCAAUACAACCCGCGGUAAGUUUCAUUUGACUUCUGUAUUGUGUCGUCUACAUGAUAAGACAAUUAUAGAAAAAGAAGGAAUAGAAAUAUUUAGUCACCUUCAGUGGAUUAAUGUAUUAGUUUAAUAAAGAAGAUUUUGUUCUCUCUUUUGGUUUGCUUUUAGCUGUUUAAGAUUUCUCUGGUUUCACUUCUUGUCCUUCUGUGUGAUCUUAACUGUGUAGCUAAAGCGGUCAGAAUUAUUUUUGUAAACGUAUGUUCUUGUGUGAUGCAGUUUUUUGCUUCUGUCCCCUAUAUUAAACCAUUUUUCCUAA